GUUUCCGCGCGAAAACACGGCCCGCGCGCUGUAGCAGCAUAUAGAAUCCAUAAGAAGCCGCAGCCUUUAUCCCACUGAGCUCCUUCCUGGAGUGAUCUUUUAUAGACUAACGCAUAGUUUUAACUGUUAUUUUUUCUUUUCCUGUUUUAGUCUGCACAGACACUUGUCAUUUUUCUCAGUCAAAUUUAAACUUGAAAUGCCAACCAAGACCUCCUUGUCUCUGCCAGAGGACGUCAGGAAGCGGCUUCAGGUACUGGAUAAGGAUGACGAUUCGCUCUCUGAUGAACAAAAACUGAGGGAGAAGCUUAGUCUGGUCCAGGACUUCCUCUGUGCUGAAACCCAGGAUCAGCUCAGGAGCCUGGAAGCAAAGAUGAAGAACGAGGAAUUGUCAUUGGAUGGUUAUCUGUCCAAAGUGAAGUUACUACUGGGUCAGGAGCUUAGCUUGGAGAAUGGAUCCCACAGCGACAAGGAUAAGGCAAAUGGUCGUGCCAACGGCUUUGUGGAGAACGGUUCGCAUGUGGAUGACAACGCGGAGGAGACUCCUAUGGAUGCAGAGGAGGGGGGCGUGUCUCUUAAAUCCCCCAGUGCCACGAAAGCCCGUGGCGGUCGCCGGAGCAAGGCUGACGGGGAGCCCAAGAAAUCUCCUGUCAGUUCCAGAGUGACAAGAAAUUCCAGCAAACAAUGCACCAUUAUAUCCAUGUUUUCAAAAGUCUCCAACAAGAGGAAGUCUGAAGAAGUAAAUGGAGACGGAGCUAAUGGAGAAGUAUCUGAGAAGAGCGAAGAGGCGGACAUAGAGGAGGAGGCACAGGAUGAGAAGAGGCCAAAGGUUGGAUCAGAUGGAAACAUGACUGCAGAUGAUGCCCCAGCUGUGAAGGCAAAGCCUGUAGCUGCAAUGAAGACUCCACCCCCUAAAUGUCCUGACUGCAGGCAAUACCUGGAUGACUCCGACCUGAAGUUUUUUCAAGGCGACCCUGAUGAUGCGCUGGAUGAGCCAGAGAUGCUGACAGAUGAACGGUUGUCGCUAUUUGAUUCCAACGAAGACGGCUUUGAGAGUUACGAAGAUCUACCCCAGCACAAGAUCACCAAUUUCAGUGUUUAUGACAAGCGUGGGCACCUGUGUCCUUUUGACUCCGGACUGAUCGAGAAAAAUGUGGAGCUGUACUUCAGCUGUGCUGUGAAGCCCAUCUAUGAUGACAAUCCGUGCAUGGAUGGCGGGGUUCCUGCCAAGAAGCUGGGCCCUAUCAAUGCCUGGUGGAUCACAGGCUUUGAUGGAGGCGAGAGAGCGCUCAUUGGCUUCACUACAGCUUUUGCGGACUAUAUUCUAAUGGAGCCCAGCGAGGAGUACGGGCCCAUCUUUGCCCUCAUGCAGGAGAAGAUCUACAUGAGCAAGAUUGUGGUGGAAUUCCUGCAGAAGAACCCAGAAGUCACCUAUGAGGAUCUGCUCAACAAGAUUGAGACCACAGUGCCCCCUGCAGGGCUGAACUUCAACCGCUUCACAGAGGACACACUCCUGCGGCACGCCCAGUUUGUUGUGGAGCAGGUGGAGAGCUAUGAUGAAGCUGGGGACUCUGAUGAACAGCCCAUCAUCGUCACCCCUUGCAUGAGGGACCUGAUCAAGCUGGCUGGUGUCACACUGGGCAAGAGCAUGCUGUUGUACUGCUGGUUCCAGAGGCAGAUCCGUGGCUCUCAGUACCAACCCAUCCUGCGGGACCACAUCUGCAAGGACAUGAGUGCACUGGUGGCAGCCCGCAUGCGCCACGUGCCCCUAGCGCCAGGCUCGGACUGGCGAGAUCUGCCCAACAUCGAGGUGCGCCUGCCGGAUGGCACUACCACCAAGAAGCUGCGGUACACGCACUUGGACAAGAAGAACGGGCGCAGUAGCACGGGGUCACUGAGGGGCGUGUGCACGUGCGCUGAAGGAAAACCAUGCGAUCCAGCAGACCGACAGUUCAACACGCUGAUCCCCUGGUGCUUGCCGCACACGGGCAACCGACAUAACCACUGGGCUGGGCUCUAUGGGCGUCUGGAGUGGGACGGCUUCUUCAGCACCACCGUCACCAACCCAGAGCCCAUGGGCAAGCAGGGCCGUGUGCUGCACCCGGAGCAGCACCGUGUGGUGAGCGUGAGGGAAUGUUCUCGCUCUCAGGGUUUCCCUGACACCUACAGGUUCUUUGGCAACGUCCUGGACAAACACAGACAGGUGGGCAAUGCUGUGCCCCCCCCUCUCUCCAAAGCCAUCGGGCUGGAGUUAAAGAAAUGCGUCCUGGAGAAGAUGAAGGAGAAUCCUGUGGGCCUUACGGACCCUGUGAAGCAGGAGAAGCUGGAAUUGUCUGACUAGAGUGGCCACUGGCCCAAGGCUUUCAAGAUGCUCACCCCAUCUCAUUCUGUUUACUUGCUGGGAAAAGGAUGCUUGACUCAUUUUUAUGGACAGUCUGUGCAGUGCCAUUUUUUAUGUGAUUUUAACCAUGUAUUUUCAGAUUCACUUGAUUCAAGUGGAAUAAAUUGUAUGGUAGUUUUUAUAUGUUGUAAUAUUAAAUAAAGCUCUUAUCAGAUGUUUCUGGUCA